CUCCGUGUUCGUCGAGUUCCCAUGUCUCAUGUCGAGGUGACGUCAUUGAAUAACAGCUAAACAAUCUCGAAGAAGACGAAGCUUGGGAAUUCGCUUUUGGUUUUGAAUCAUGCGAAAGUUGUGAAUACAUUAACAACCGGUGAAAGAAAAAUGAGUGAAACUGCUGACUUGCCUGCCAAGGAUUCUGAGGGGUCAUUUUUAGACCAAAUCCCCUCCAAGACCCCAAAUCACGAGAAGGAGGAUGAGCAACAAUUAUCCUUGGCUUUUUUCCUAACUAUACACACCCUCAUGGUAAUCGCUGCCUACGUCAUGCUACUCGGAAACCUCUACCCAACGACUUCCCUGACCUUCGUAUCAAUUCUAAUUGUAUUUACUCACCUGAGUGUGGUGGAAAUGCUCCUAAGAGGCCUUAAGAAGCAGGUCUUUUCCCAGAUCGCUCCCUGGUUUUGCCUCUCUCUCCUUGACGAGAUCGUCAUCAUUGGGAUGGGAUCGUCUCAUUUGUCACAUUCUUUGGAGGAAGUCGACGGAAGCUUUGGCCAAUUCAUGCGAGAAAAGGGGGCACUCUUUGUCAUUGGAUUGGUGCUUUUUGGCUUACGUGUUGUCACUUGGAUUAAAAUGCUUCUCAGUUGCAUCCACUAUAAAUACCAGAAGUUAUGAGGACCUACAAAGACUUCAACAAAAGUCAUUUUGAUUUGGCAUAUCCAAUUUUUAAUGCUGCCUAUUUAUGAAAAGAAAAAUGUGAUUUAUUUUUUUACCCAAA